AUGUUGCAACACCGCUCGCACAGCUUUAAGAAGGCACCGCGAGUGCACCGGGCAGUCAGUCGGACGCGCUGCGCACGGAGAACGCUUCUCCCAGCUCCCGCCGACCCCACCGAAGAGCCGAAGCACUCCACCCCGCCGACCCCACCGAAGAGCCGAAGCACUCCACCCCGCCGACCCCGCCGACCCCACCGAAGAGCCGAAGCACUCCACCCCGCCGACCCCGCCGAAGAGCCGAAGCACCCCACCCCGCCGACCCCGCCGAAGAGCCGAAGCACCCCACCCCGCCGACCCCGCCGAAGAGCCGAAGCACCCCACCCCGGGGGCCAGGCCCGGACCAUGGCCCUCGUCGUCUUCGCCCUGAUGCUGCUGAUGCUGCUGCCUCACCUAGCCACAGCUGUUCCACUGCCCCAUCAACCAGCCGCCCUGCAAGACUCGAUGGCGAGACCCAUGGAAGAAUGUCUACCAGGCUCCUAUCUAUCAGGGCAGGUUUGCUUGUCGUGUAAAGCUGGCGAGGACUAUACCAGUCACAAUAAUUCCCUCGAUAGAUGCAGGAGCUGCUUAGUCUGUAAAGGAGAUCAAGUACAGAAGAGUCCUUGCACCACAACCUCUAAUACAGUGUGCGAAUGCAAACCUGGCACUUUCCGGACACAAAACACCCCUGAAUUCUGCCAGAGAUGUCGAGAUAAGUGCACCGAUGAGGAGGAUGAGGAGAUCCCCUGUACCCCCUUGAGUGACCGCAAGUGUGUCCCCAAGGCCACCGGAGGCACCAGAGCUCUUGAAGAGCCAGUGACCAACACCACGAAAACUCCUAGUAAUCAUUCCUCUAUCUGGAUCUUUAUCUGGAUCUUAAUUGUAUUCAUAUGUGUGAUAAUAGUUGGCACUGUGAUUGUUUGGAAGAAAGAAAAAAUAUCUCAUUAUAUUAAGGUCUUCUGUCCAGGCCAGGGUGAAAUGGAUAGCCUGCCCCCGCAGAUGUGGAGCUCAGGAACUACUUCCCUCCAUAGCACAAUCUGUUCCCCGCAUUCCACAGGAAAAUCUGAGGAUAAUAACAACAAUGAGACGCUAAGCAGCGGACCUUUGCCCUCUAGCCUGCCUGUUGAGCAAGAAACGAGAGGAGAAAACCCAAUGACAAAUGCUGAUGAACAGUCCCCAGGGGAGGCAGAUGUUCUGCUGCUCACCUGUCCGUUCUUCUAUCCCUGACGUGGCCCUACCUCUACUGUCGAAAAGUCCUUUCGUUGAACACCUGGGACAGGCUCAUGAGGCAGAGGAGCUUCUCUGACA